CUUAUUUCAUUUCGGGAAAGUCCGUCCGUUUUAAUCUUCUGUGAAAACUCGAAGCUUUUAGAUGAACUCCACUCGUCUGAGACUUCUGCUGAACGACCCUCAGUGUGUUCAGAGAUGACAGCCAGCAGACGGAGGAGCGAUCUCUCGAAGUCAAGGCCAGCGUGUAAAGAUCCCACGCUCUUCAGGCGAGAUGAGGAGGAAACGAGGAAGAAGAACCGCGUGCAGCUGCUGUUCAGUGAGUCAGGAAGAGGGAAGUGAGCGAGAGAGGAGCCUGAAAGAGAGAGAGAGGGAGAGAGAGAGAGAGAGAGAGAGAGAGAGAGAGAGAGAGGGAGAGAGACAAAGAGAGAGAAGGAGAGAGAGGAAGCGAGGGAGAGGGAGAGAGAGAGAGACAGGGAGAGAGAGAGGAGCCUGAAAGCAGAGAGAGAGAGGGAGGGAGAGAGAGCGACAGAGAGAGCGACAGAGAGAGGGAGAGAGAGGAAGCAAAGGAGAGAGAGAGAGACAGGGAGAGGGAGAGAGAGAGAAGAGGGGGGGAUAGGGAGAAGGAGGGAGAGGGAGAGGGAGAAAUGGAGAGAGAGAGAGGGAGUGUUAACCAUGCGCACAUGAGAAGCAGAGAGAGAGGGAAGUGAGAGGGAGGGCAGCAGAAGGAGAGAGAGAGACAGAGAGAGAGAGAGAGAAGUGAGAGGGAGGGCAUCAGAGGGAGAGAGAGAGAGAGACAGAGACAGAGAGAGGGAGAGAAGUGAGAGGGAGGGCAGCAGAGAGAGGGAGAGAGAGAGAGAGAGAGGGAGAGAGGGAGAGAAGUGAGAGGAAGGGCAGCAGAGAGAGGAAGAGAGAGAGAGAGGGAGAGAGAGAGGGAGAGAGGUUUAAUGAAUUCAGGGUGGAUUGGAGGGAUGUUACCACCGAGGCUCCAGAGCUGCUGUCGUGCUGCUGCAUGAAGUGAUCGUCUGAGCUGAGAGGACGACUCGGCUGCUGCUGGGAAUCAAACACCCGACGGACCACGACUCCACAUCCUGGAGCUCACUGGCUCACUCAGACUGGCUGAACAGGGAUGGUACACGGACUCCGGUACGAGCAGUGAUGCACCGAGGUCAGCAGAGAAGAAACCUUCCAACCUCCGAGUCAUGAGGAGUCCUUCGUUAUAACUCAGAUAUAUAUACAUAUAUCAAUAUUUGGAAUAUUUUAGAUCACCUCAGUAAUAUUCAGGACCUGAACUGGGACCUGGUUUCUUCCUCCACCUCUUCUCACGGGGCCUCGUUUUUUUUCCAACUCGAGGCCGAGAUGUCGUCCCACAGCCUCUUGGCCUCAGUCCCAGUACACAGCUUGACCCAGGGAUAACCAGCAGCUCUCCCAGUAGCACCCGAGGCCCGACACAGAGCCCUGCAGGGCCCCUGGCUUCAGGCAGCAUGGGAGACGGGAGCUGGGUGUGUCUGAGCCCAGCGGAGUUCAACCAGCUGCAGCAGUACAGCGAGUACUCAAGCAAGAAGCUGAAAGACGUUCUGGACGAGUUCCACGGUGACGGAGUUCUUUCCAAGUACAACCCAGAGCACCCCAUCGACUAUGAAGGCUUCCAGCUCUUCAUGGCCACUUACCUGGAGAACGACAUCCCAGAGGAGCUGUGUCAGCACCUCUUCACCUCCUUCAAGAGAAAGACGGGAGGCUGCUCCCCCGAUCCGACUCGAGCCGGCACCAGCUUACUGGGUAUGAACGGGAAAAGCAUCCUGUGUGCGAUGGGCCGCCACACGCCCGAGCACUCCGGCCUGGUGAGCACAACCGGCUCGGGGGCCACCACCUCCCCGUGUUCAUCCCGCUCGUCCUCGCAGCGUUCAGGGACCGGGGGCCACACGUCCGGGGGCCACACGCCCGGUGGCCCCCAACGAUCGCCCUGCGGCCAUGUCAAGGCCUCGGAGGGCAGCAGCAGCAACGUCCUGACCCCCAACGCUGGAGCCACCAGGUCGCCAGUGUCCCCCAAACUAUCUCCAGAGAGGAGCCACUCUGAGAAGCACUUCUCUCUGCGGAGGAGCCCCUCGCCCCAGACCGGCUCGGUCGCCCUGCCCUCGCCCCAGGUGGUCUUUCUCAAGGACAUCGUCUGCUACCUGUCCCUGCUGGAGAGGGGGACGCCGGAGGACAAGCUGGAGUUCAUGUUCCGGCUGUACGACACUGACGGCAACGGGGUCCUGGACAGCUCGGAGUUGGAUCGCAUCAUCAAUCAGAUGGUGCAUGUGGCCGAAUAUCUGGAGUGGGAUUCUAUGGAGCUGCGACCGAUUCUGAAGGAGAUGAUGAUAGAAAUCGACUACGACCGAGACGGGACAGUGACGCUGGAGGAGUGGAUCCGAGGAGGCCUCACCACCAUCCCUCUACUGGUCCUACUGGGCAUGGAUACGAACGUGCAGGAGGACGGGCAGCACGUCUGGCGUCUGAAGCACUUCAACAAGCCGGCGUACUGUAACUACUGCCACACCAUGCUGCUGGGGGUCCGCAAGCAGGGCCUCUGCUGCUCCUUAUGCAAGUACACGGUGCACGAGCGCUGCGUCUCCAAAGACAUCGCCGCCUGCAUCAGCACCUACGCCAAGUCUCGCAGGAGCACCAACGCUAUGCAGCACGUGUGGAUGGAGGGAAACUCUCCCACAAAGUGCGACCGCUGUCACAGGAGCAUCAAGUGUUACCAGGGCCUGACGGGCCUCCACUGUGUGUGGUGUCAGAUCACUCUCCAUAAUAAGUGUGCGUCCAAUGUGAAGCCCGAGUGUGAUGGAGGAGCCCUGCGGGACCACACGCUGCUGCCCUCCUACAUCUGCCCGGUCGUCCUGGACCGUCACUCUGUGGUGAAGCGUGGCGAGGGGGAGUCUCCGCCCAGCACCAGCCCCGACGACACCAACCAGACGUUCAAAUUCUCCCCCGGCGACGGACAGCCGCUGCAGGUCACUCCUCUCCCAGGUACUCACCCGCUCCUCGUCCUCGUCAACCCCAAGAGCGGAGGGCGGCAGGGGGAGCGGGUUCUGAGGAAGUUCAGGUACCUGCUGAACCCCCGGCAGGUUUACAGUCUGGAGCGAGAGGGUCCGAUGGUCGGGUUAAACUUUUUCCACGAUGUCCCUGAUUUCCGGGUGCUGGCCUGUGGAGGGGACGGCACCGUGGGCUGGAUCCUCGACUGCAUAGACAAAGCCAACUUCGCCAGGCACCCCCCGGUGGCCAUCCUCCCUCUGGGCACCGGCAACGACCUGGCUCGCUGCCUACGCUGGGGAGGAGGUUACGAAGGCGGCAGCUUGCUGAAGUUCCUGCGGGACAUCGAACACAGCACGGACAUGGUGCUCGACCGCUGGACCAUCGAUAUCGUCCCGGAUGACAAGGAGGAGAAGGGAGACCCCGUCCCCUACAGCAUCGUCAACAACUACUUCUCUAUUGGCGUGGACGCCUCCAUCGCUCAUCGCUUUCACCUGAGUCGGGAAAAGCACCCGGAGAAGUUCAACAGCAGAAUGAAGAACAAGCUGUGGUACUUUGAGUUCGGCACCACCGAGACCAUCUCGGCCACCUGCAAGAAACUGAACGAGGGAAUAGAAGUGGAGUGCGACGGGAUCAUCUUGGACCUCAGCAACACCUCCUUAGAGGGCAUCGCGGUGCUCAACAUUCCCAGCAUGCACGGCGGCUCCAACCUGUGGGGAGAGUCGAAGAAGAGGAGGCACUACAACCGCAUGAGCAAGAAGGUUCCCGAGCGGCUGCCGUCCAGCACCGUCACCGACGCCAAGGAGCUGAAGUUCUGCAUGCAAGACUUCAGCGACCAGCUGCUGGAGGUGGUCGGCCUGGAGGGGGCGAUCGAGAUGGGACAGAUCUACACCGGCCUGAAGAGCGCCGGACGCCGACUGGCUCAGUGUGCCAGCGUCACCAUCAGGACGUCCCGGCGGCUGCCCAUGCAGAUUGAUGGCGAGCCCUGGAUGCAGCCCCCCUGCACGAUCAGGAUCACGCACAAGAACCAGGUCCCCAUCCUCCUGGGCCCGCCGCAGAAGACGCCGUUCUUCUUCUUCAAGAAACGCCGCGACUAGGACCCGUGCAUGCAACACGCCACAGACACACACAUUUUACAAAACAUAUGCACACACACAAAACAAACACACAAACAAACACACACACACAUCAGACGGCCGGUCGGGAAUUCAAAUUACAGGAAGUGGAACGUUCCCAAAGUCUGGAUGCCAACAGACAACUUGCAGUGACAGCACCUGAAAUGAAAAGACUCCAUACACGGCAGCGACCUAUUCCUGUGUAACCAUCAUCCAGACAUGGAUUCAACCCCCCCACCCC